UUGAAACAGUAACAAUACAAAAUAUUCUCCAAAAUGAGUAAUCUCUAUCUUUUGCAACUUAAAACGUUAAAUGAAAAUAUAGAAAAUAUGCAAUCGCAUAUAAUGACUUACAAAUAUAAAGACCCUCGUUUUGACAUAACAAAAAGCGUUUUUUUAGCAACAAUGGCAGAUCCAGUGAUUGGUAUAAAAGAAAGUACUACUGAAAAAGUAACAUGUUCUGAUCCAUUUAAGGAAAGUGGCCCCUGUGACUCUUGUGUUCCAAGACUUUCAAAUAAUAAAUUAAUAUCAUUGAUUAUUAAAUGUACUAACUUCGCUGCAGAAAAACAUAGAAAUCAAAAAAGGAAAGAUGCUGCACAAACACCUUAUAUAAACCAUCCCAUAGGAGUUGCUAACAUUUUAGUUCACGAAGGUGAUGUAUACGACCCUGUUGUAAUCUUAGCUGCACUUUUGCAUGACACUGUAGAAGAUACAGAUACUAGUUUUGAUGAAAUCGAACAAGAAUUUGGAUAUACAGUGAGUCAAGUUGUUCAAGAAGUAACUGAUGAUAAGGCUCUACCUAAAGCAGAACGUAAACGUUUGCAAAUAGAAAAUGCACCUAAAAGAAGUCAUAGAGCUAAAUUAGUAUUACUAGCAGAUAAAUUAUACAAUUUACGAGACCUUCAAAAGAGUACUCCAAUUGGUUGGACACCUGAAAGAGUAAAGGAAUACUUUAAGUGGGCUAAAGCUAUUGUAGAUAGAAUACGUAGGACUAACUCUAAUUUGGAAAUCGCACUAGAUAGAGUAUUUGAAAAACAAAGAAUUGAAACUGAGAUUAAAUGCAAAUGUGUACAAGAUAAUUCACAAAAUUGUCAUAAUAGCGGAAAUAUAAAUUAGCUCCAAUUUCAAAUAAAAAAAUUUACUUAAUAUAGAAAAUAUUAUUUCUUUUAAGAUUUUAUAAAAGAUAUUAAUUUCAAAACUGGUACAUCUUGUAUUUACAAAUAAUACAGAGCAAUAAAUUCCAUAUUGGCAAGCUAUUUCAUAUUAGCA